AGAGAGAGAGAGAGAGAGAGAGAGAGAGAGAGAGGGGGGGUUCACACUCAGUAUUUUGUUCGCUGUGGUGUGUGCGGGUGCGUGCGAGCGUGAAGUGGACGUGUGUACUUAGAAAUAAUGUGUUUGCGUGAAUUCCUCCCUUGUAUGUAUUUUUUCAUUCAUUCACUCGCGUUCGUCAGGAAUCAGCAUGGCCAUGGCGGAGGUGUCAGCAGAGAGCCACAAGUGUGUGUUCUGCAGUCAACUCUUCCCUUCAAAGGCAGAGCUGCAAACACAUUUCAGGAGACACGCCAAUGGGGACAUCGACAUCAAGGGGCGGCCCAGGGUGCGGCACAAGGCAGAGGACGACCUGGACGUGGGGGAGGAGUGCCGAGGUGGUGGUGGUGGUGGUGGUGGUGGUGCGUCUGGGAAGGGGAGCCUGACUGAAACAGGAGGGGCACCAGGAACCACAGGAACCACUACUGGGGCAAAAAAUAAUGCAGUGUGUGAUGUUUGUGGAGAGGUUUUUCGCACGGUUUCCUUGGCAAUCUCCCACAAGUUUCGGAAGCACCCGAACUCUCUUCUGAAGUAUUACUGUCCCCACUGCGGCAUGAUGUUCCCGAUUAAGGUGAACCGGGACAAGCACUUGGCCAGCCACCCCGCCGCGGCCCCCCAGCAGGUGUUCCCAUGCCGUCCCUGUGGUGUUACUUUCUACACUCAACGUGCCAAGAAGUUCCACAUGGACUCUGCACAUAAGGGGGCAAUACGCAUGGUGAACCCAGUGAGAACCCCAGCCCCCAGCAUGAAGAUAGUGGUGAACAACGCAGGGGAGGCCCACAGUGUGUACUAUUGUCACCUGUGUGGCUGUGAAUACCAAGUGAAGUACAACCUGCAGAAGCACCUUGCCACCAAACACAGCGAAAGUGAGAGGGACGCCCUUCCCACAGAGCUGGUGCAGUGUAACCUAUGCAGCGCUGUCUUCUACACCAAGAGGGCUUAUGAGGCGCACAGCCACCACCACAGGGAGGGAGACCUCUUUGCCACCAAUGAGCAGAUGAGAUACAUCACACCUCUCCUUCUCUACAGGCAGCAAGUGGUACAGAGGAUAGACCAAGAUUUUGACCAGCGCAGGGUCCCCACAGCAGUUGAACGCUACCUCUCAGCCUCCGCCGUCAGUUCAAACCGCUCAGCAACUUGGCGGAGGAUUCAGGCAGCCAGGAGAGCCCACACCGGCCACCCGAACACCCACCCAGUACCCAAAGAGGACAAGGACGAGGAGAAGGGGCAAGGUGACUCAGAUGAGGACAAGGAUGGGAAGGUAAUUUUAUCAGAGAGAGCAUCAGAGGGCAGAUUCACACAAGAAUACCUGUGCUGGGAGGCUGAGGGGCCAGAGACGAAGAAGAGGAUGAUGGACGACUCGGAGGAAGAUGAUGGGGAGAUGAGAAGUCUGGGAACGGUUAAUCCAGACUCCAUUCUCGCCACUCAAGUGUCAAGGAUGGAAGGGAAUGAGACAGAAGAGGAGGAGGAGGAGGAGGAUAGUUGGAGUCCUACAGUGGAAGGGAAGGCUGGUAGAGUCAAAGGAGAAAGAGAAUUAAGAGUAUGGAGCACCUCAUCAGACCAGAAGAGGAGGAGGAGGAAGACUGGUCAUUCCAAAGAAGACACAAGAGAGGAAGACAAGAUGGAGGAAAUAACAACACAGCAUUAAAUUUUUCCUCGCGUCUUUUUUUUCCCCUUUCAUCUUAUGCAGUCGGCGCCAUGUGACGUUGUUGCGGCAAGUCGUGUGUCGCCAACAAAUGUGUCUAUUAUUCUGCCGCUGUAUCUGCCAAAGAAAUGAUGCCUGGUAAAACUAAAGUGUCACUUUAAUUAUGCUUGCUUGGAGAAACAUGUGUUCUCUCAUCAAGUUCCUCUGUCCUCACCCCCUCCACAGCUGAGCAGAUUUUCCAUCAUGCCUGAGAGGUGCACAAAUGAGGUUAAUUGUGAGUAAUGAGUGCCGAAAAUUGGAGCUCAGUGCUAAUGAGACGUGACAGCAAACAAAAAUAAGUCCAGUUACAAUACACCCCCAAGUUUUUAAGUGUCCCACAGUGGUCAGUGAAGGGUUCAUGCAUCAAGUAGUAGUGAAUGAGUUUAACCUUGGACACUACAUCACACAGUGGGCAAGGCAUCUCAGGAAAGGAGUUUUUGGAUCUCAUAAGAUACUAAAUGAAGGAACAUCCCACCAUUACAAGACAGUUACAGGAAGAAUACCUCCAAAGCUUCUCCAGGGUGUCAGCAUCUGUGGCAGGGUACCUCACACUCCACAGAAGCCUCAGACACUUCCUCUCACUGUACACCCACCUCCAGAGAUUAUACAGGCUAGAAGUCACAAAAACUGUACACCCACCUCCAGAGAUUAUACAGGCUAGAAGUCACAAAAUCUAUCAAUUUCAUUUGUUUCUUUCCUCCAAAUACUUAUAAAGACUUCAUACAAAGGUUAUGAUGCUGAGAAUCGCUGUGUUUUGCAGUGAAAGUGUUACAAACCAAGCAGUGUAUUGUAGCUGGACUUAUGUUAGUUUGCUGUCAUAUUCCCUUAGUAAUACACCUUAAUUUCUAUCACUCAGUCACUCACUAUAUCACACCCUCACUUGUGCACUUCUCAGAUAUCAAGAGAAAGCUAUACGUAGAAAUUUGUGUGUGUAACUUGGUCAUGGUAAGAGCGGAGGCACUAAAAAUUCUCCCAGCAAGCACAAUAAAAACCUGACUUGCCACCAAUCAAGACACAGGGAGGAGUCUGGUGUUGCCAUACUGUGAUUCUUUCCCUUGCUACUUUCUCAUGGCAGACAGUGACAAUAAUAGACAUGCAGACUGAUGACAUGACUUGCUGCAAUCAUGUCAAGUGGCGCUUCCUAUACACUCAUUUUGUCUCCUAUUCCCUCUUUCAUUUCCACUCUCCCUCUUCUAAAAACAUCUUUGUCUGUCUCUUAUAUCCAAAAGCCAUUCCAGUAAUCCUUUCCAUUACCUUUAACAGCACAAUUAUUCCAGUAUCUAUUCACACCAUUUUUUUUUUGUAUAUACAUUUCACCAUUCACACCACCACAUACCACCUGCCUUCCUGUGCUGGUUGCAUCAAUAAAGCUACACAUUUAUAUUGCCUACUGUAUGUAACUGAGAUAAGGAAUGUAUGUGAACUUAUGAAAUAUAUAGACUACUUAAA